AUGGAAAUGUCUGACACGGUCAAACCUCUGACCUCCUUCCUCAUAGAGGACAUCCUCUCCGUUAAGGACGGCACAAUAUUUGAUGGCAAACGCUGUUCACAGAAGAUGGAAAGAUGGUCACAGUGGAAAGAAGCAUCUGAAAAGUUGUCAGAGCAACUCUGCCCUCAGGGGACAGCAUUUGGAGUGCAGACAGGGUCCCUGGACACAUCCUGUCCCAGCACCUCAGAGUCCAGCAGUUUUUCCUCCCCGGGGAAACAGAAGCGCUCCAGAGCUGCGUUCACACACCUCCAAGUGCUUGAACUGGAGAAGAAAUUUAACCACCAGAAAUACCUGUCUGCCCCAGAGAGGGCUCACCUGGCCAGCACCUUAAGACUAACCGAGACCCAAGUGAAAAUCUGGUUUCAGAACCGCCGGUACAAGACGAAACGAAAGCAGCAAACAUCAGAGUUCUGUAAGGACGUGUACAAAGCAGAGGAGCUGUGUCUGAGAGACGAGCUAGUCCGAUCAUCACUAAUCACCUCCUUCUGCAAAGCCUACCAAUGCAGACCCUACAUUUGGGACUACACGGCCCCCUGGGGGCCCACGUUAUGGUGAAAGUGACAUGAUGAUGAAGCUAUGACUUACUUUUAGUUUUCCUGAUAUUAAGGCUCACUAUCAAAGUUGAUUAUUUGUUAUUUUGGCAUUUUAUUCAUACACAUUCUAAAAGUUUCUUUGCUUUAAGAAAAAUGACAAAAUGACAUGUCUUGUGGUAACGGACACGAUGUGGGAUUGCAUAAUUAAACAUUUGAUCACUAAUGUCAGUUGCAGCAUUGUUGAUGAAUUCUUUAUCAAACCAUUGUAGUUACAUUUGACUUUUCUUUACAGCUCGGUGUUAAAGAGUACAACAAUACAGUAACUUAUAGAGAAGAGCAAGUGUAACUAGCUCAU